AUGGGUAAUUCGCAAGGCAAGCCGGUUGUCCUGACCGACGAGGUCAAUCUGAACCACUUUCGCCUAUUGCGCGUCGUGGGCAAAGGCGCCUUUGGUAAAGUUCGCAUUGUUGAGCGCAAGGAUUCAGGCCUUACUUUUGCCUUGAAAUACAUUCGCAAAGAUGAAGUGGUCCGUUCCGAAAGCGUGCGAAACAUAAUCCGCGAGAGGCGAAUGCUUGAACAUCUGAACCACCCUUUCCUGUGUAACCUGAGGUACAGUUUCCAGGAUAUCGAAUAUCUUUAUCUUGUCGUCGAUCUGAUGAGCGGUGGCGACUUGCGAUUUCACAUUCAGCGAAAGGCUUUCACCGAGGACUGUGUACGAUUUUGGAUGGGCGAGCUCGCGUGUGCGCUGCGAUACAUUCAUGGGCAGGGUAUCGUCCACCGCGAUUUGAAGCCGGAUAACGUGCUACUCGACUCCGAAGGCCACGUUCACCUGGCGGAUUUCAAUGUGGCAUCAGAUUUCAAGCCCACAAAACUAUUAACCAGCAAAUCCGGUACCCUGGCAUAUCUGGCGCCGGAAGUCUUUCGAAGCUCAGGAUAUCUCAGUGAGGUCGACUGGUGGUCGCUAGGAGUCACGUUCUACGAAUGCAUCUACGGCAAGAGGCCAUUUGAUGGCAAAAGCCACGAUGAAUUGGCCGACAAUGUGUGCGCCGCCAACCCGAAAUACCACGUCACCAAGCCACCCGUAUCGAUGCCCUGUCUACACGCACUGACAUCCUUGAUGGAAAAGGAUAGGCGGAAGCGGAUAGGGGCGGCUGGGUUCAGCACCUUCACUAACCAUCCUUUCUUCAAGCCCCUGGACUUUGAUGCGCUCGAACAAAAGCAAAUUCCUCCAAUUUUUGUGCCAUCUAGCGAAAAGACCAAUUUUGAUGCGACGUACGAUCUUGAAGAGUUAUUAUUGGAGGAAGCUCCACUGGAGGCCAGAGCGCGGAAGCAGAAGCCCCGUGCUGAAUUGCGGCAUGAUGCGACUAGCCGCGAGAUUCGCGACGAUGAGCUGCAUCGUAUGAUCGAGACUAUGUUCGAGCCGUUCGACUACACUUUGGCUAAUUACGAGAUACAAGCGGCAGAAGCCGUAGCAGGCACUGUGCCGCCAGCAGAUGACCAACUAGACACAACCAGCUCGAACAGAUCUCAUGCCAAGUCACAGCCAGCCUCACCGGACGGUUCACCACCGAUCACAGCAACAGCGAUCUCUACCGAACCUCAAGAAGCACAGAAUUUUCCACAGUUAGAGGAGCUCCGAACUGCACUGCCCCAAACCUCGAAUCCGAUGUCAGUGGCGCGACCACCCUCGGCAUCCAAGUCGUUUAGCCGACCGAUUCCUCCUCAGAGACCACAGGCUGCCUCGCGACAGAUGAGUAAAGGCGGAGGAGUACAGAUGGUUCUGGACGAGAGCGGAAGCUGGUCGCAAUUGUCGGACCAGACCUCCAGUCUCCCAGCAGAUGCAGGAGCAGAUAACCGGAACGACAAAGGAGGGAGCAUGCUAGGCUUCCUUAGCCGCAAGAAAGGCCGCGACAGGAGCCCAAAGCCCCGAGAGCCCGGUGUCCUGGGCAAAUACGGCGCCAGACAUAUCAUCAACUAG